AGAAUUGAGUUCUGGAGUUUGAGUGACUAUCUGGAAGAUGAGUACCUUUGCCGUUCAACGUGUUUCCGAAUGCUUCAUCAAGCCGCAACACCCCACCAAAGAGUCAAAUCAAAUAUGUUAUUUAACACCUUGGGAUCUGGCUGCUUUGUCAAUAAGCUAUAUCCAGCAUGGCCUGCUCUUCAAGAAGCCCACGAAUGUUGCUGAUAACCAAGAUUCCAUCCAAAAUCUGUUGGACAAACUCAAACACUCACUUUCUCAGACACUCUUCCAUUUCUAUCCUUUGGUUGGACGCCUUGUCACCCAGAAAACCCAAGAUCCUCCCUCUUAUGUUGUAUUUGUUGAUUGUAGCAACAGUGAUGGAGCCAAAUUCAUCUAUGCAACUGUAGAUCUGACCAUAUCUGACAUCCUAUCCUCCGUUUAUGUUCCACCCAUUGUCCAAUCAUUAUUUGAUCACCACAAAGCAAUUAACCAUGACGGUCAUGCCAUGCCCUUGUUGUCCAUCCAAGUCACUGAGCUAGUGGACGGUGUUUUCAUAGGUUGUUCCAUGAACCAUGCUGUUGCGGAUGGCACUUCUUUUUGGAAUUUCUUUAAUACGUGGUCUGAGAUCUUUCAAGCUCAAGCUCAAGGGCAUGAAUGCGACUUUCCGAUUUCACACCAACCCGUUAUCAAACGCUGGUUUCCAGAGGGUUGUGAUCCAUUAAUCAAUCUUCCCUUCAAACAUCACGACGAGUUUAUUAGAAGAGAAGAACCACUCUUGGUGAGAGAGAGAAUAUUCCACAUUUCAGCAGAGUCAAUUGCGAAACUGAAAGCAAAGGCCAACUCAGAGUCCAAUACCACCCAAAUCUCUUCGUUCCAAUCAUUAUCAGCACUUGUUUGGAGAUCCAUAACUCGUGCGCGCGGACUGCCGCAUGAGAAGAGAACAUCUUGCAAGUUUGCUAUAAACAAUCGAACAAGGAUGGAACCACCACUGUCUCCGGAAUACUUUGGAAACGCAAUUGAUGGGGUGGGUGCAGAAACGACUGCAGGGGAAUUGCUUGAGAAUAAUCUAGGCUGGGCAGCAUGGAAGUUGCACUUGGCUGUUGCAAACUAUAACAAUACAGUUGCGCAGCAAAAGGUCGAACAGUGGCUGCAGCGUCCUAUGAUAUAUCAACUUGGUUGGUCAUUUUACUCGUCUAGUGUGACCAUGGGUAACUCGCCCAGGUUCAAUGUGUAUGGGAUUGAAUUUGGAACUGGGAAAGCAGUGGCCGUUAGAAAUGGACAUGCCAUCAAAUUUGAUGGGUAUGUGUCAUCGUACCCUGGUCGUGAAGGAGGGGGAAGCGUGGAUUUGGAAGUGUGUCUUUUCCCAGAAAACAUGACUGCCCUGGAAUCGGACGAGGAGUGGAUGAAUGCAGUUUCAGUGUCCAAUCCCUUGUCCUAAGUUGGUAACGUGUAGUGGAUUUGCCUGGAGACCGUAUAAAUUCACUUUUACUUUGUAUUGUUGCAUUAUGAUUGAAGGUUUUUUAUCAGCUCUUCCUUAAAAAAUUAAUAAGCUACUAAUUAACUAACCAUUAAAAAGGCUCAUGGUCAAGCUAAAAGCUGAGUUUAAAAUUAUUUAACAGACCCUAUUUCUAUUUGUUUAGUGAAGUAAAAUUUUCUUUAGUAUUAGGAGUAAUGAUAUUCUAACACCCAAUUUUAGUAUGUAUACCAGUUGUAUAGGGUUAAAAUAGCAUUACUUCAAGUAUUUAUACUAGUAUAAAAGCACUACACUUACUAUCCAGCAAUGCCAAUGCUUUUGAACUUAGUUUAGUAACUCUUGUUUAUGUUAACGAAUUUUAACUUGAGUCUCUUUUUUCACGUCCCUUAGGUACUGCUUGAUGUUCUGAGAAGAGAAAAAGAGCAAGAAUAGGAAGGGUGGAAUUCUACUACGUCAAUAUCUUUCAGUGCUUUUUAGAUGCCUUUUCCCUGCACACUCUCCUACUCAGAACCAGCAUUGUUCGUCCUUCAAAUCAAAUCCUCCUCUUUCUAAUUCCAACAAAGAGAGGGAAUCAUUUUGUUCAACCAAAGUCUGUGGAACCAUUACCUAUGGAAACUUUUUUUUUUUUUUAUAGCCAUAAACAUUGCCAAUGUUGAUGGAUGUGGAAUAGACGAAAGCUUCAAUAUAUUUUAUAUGAAAGUAAUGUUCUUCAAAAUUAGAUGC